AGCUGCAGCACACGGAUGCAGUUCACAACUUUCACGAUUCAGAAUGUCAGUGAAAAUUCAUCUGGAUUAAGGUUUUGAAUUUAGUUCAGUUAUUUUUAUAUGCCAUGCGAGGCAAAUUUUAUAGGUGUCUGUAUUAUGUGUAGACCGAAUUAGUUAAGGAAAGGAAAGAAAAACAGGUGACCGUCAGUGUCACAUUCACUGCAAUAAUGUAACUGGAUAUAUAGCUCUAGACUUGCGUACACAUAGGGGACAUAAACAAAACAUACACAGUUGUGUGAAGUAACAGCUCUGAGAAGUAUCUUUUCAUUUGUUAAAGACAAGAAAGAAUCAUUUUUAGCCAGAUACACCACGACCCCGCAUUCAGGACAAUGGCAAACAAAUACAGAUUCUUUUUGUUUAGAUCAACCCAGCAGGUGUUGAGGUGUCUGUAUAGCAGAAGAGCAGUACCUUCCAUCAAUCAUAUUUAUUCCACAAAACCAUCUUUACCUCCAAAUUCGUUAGCAUGGGCUUAUAACAUCUCCAGAAGCUGCUCUACUUACUCAUCAGGUCAAAGCAGUUUUUCAUUGAGAAGCCACACGUGUGGAGAAUUGUGCUCCAGUCAUGUAGAUGAAGAGGUUACUUUAUGUGGCUGGAUUCAGUACUUGAGGCAAGAUCUUUUUGUGAUCUUGAGAGACUUCAGUGGAUUGGUGCAAAUUCUUAUCCCACAGGAUGAGUCCAAAUCAGAACUGAAGAAUGCUUUUCUUGGUCUCACUGUGGAGUCGGUCAUCAUGGUUAAAGGAAGGGUCAGGUGUAGACCAGAGGGACAGGAGAAUAAGAAAAUGUCCACAGGAGAAAUCGAGGUCUGUGCUGAGAGCAUGGAAGUGUUGAAUACCUGUCGAAAGCUGCCAUUUGAAAUUAAAGAAUUUGUCAAAAAAUCUGAAGCCCUCCGGAUGCAGUAUCGCUAUCUUGAUCUUCGGUCACCCAGGAUGCAGUACAAUUUAAGACUGAGAUCACAAAUGGUGAUGAAAAUGAGGGAGUACCUUUGCAAUUUGCAUAGAUUCGUGGAUGUGGAAACACCAACACUGUUUAAGAGAACACCAGGGGGUGCCAAAGAGUUUGUGGUGCCAUCUGGAGACCCUGGGAAGUUCUACUCUCUUCCACAGAGCCCACAGCAGUUCAAACAGCUUCUUAUGGUGGCUGGCAUAGACCGGUACUUUCAGCUCGCUCGCUGCUACAGAGACGAGGGCUCCAAGCCUGACAGACAGCCUGAAUUCACACAGGUGGAUAUUGAAAUAUCCUUUGUAGACCAGGCGGGAGUCAUGAGUUUGAUUGAAGGCUUGGUCCAUUACUCCUGGCCAGAGGACAAAGGACAGAUUAAUGUUCCUUUUCCCUCCAUGACUUAUGAGGAAGCCAUAAGAGACUAUGGAGUUGACAAACCAGACACUAGAUUUGGGAUGAAGCUUGUGGAUGUCACCACAGCAUUCCAGGAAUCGCAAAUCGAGUUCAUCAAAGAUGCACUUCUUAAACCGAGUGGCUGCAUUCAGGCCAUCUGCGUCCCAGAAGGAACGAAAUACCUGAAGGGCAAAGACUUAGAGUUCCUGAAACAAGCAGCCAAGACACAGUAUGGUCAGGAGGUGAGUGUGGUUCCAGUAAGGGCAGAUGGUUCACUGAAAUCCCCUCUCAGCCGGCUGCUUUCGGACACGGCCAAACAGCAGCUGCUCCAGAUGGCCCAGGCCAAUGCUGGAGACCUGAUCUUCAUCACAGCCGGACCCCGGGAGAACGUGCGCCCUCUGUUGGGGAAGCUGAGACUGCAGUGCGUGGAGCUGCUUGAGAGCUACGGUGUGCCUGUUCGUGACCCAUCUGUCUUUCACUUCUUGUGGGUGGUGGACUUUCCCCUCUUCUUACCCAAAGAGGAUAAUCCAGAGAUGCUUGAGGCUGCCCACCAUCCCUUCACUGCUCCAGUCCCCGAGGAUGCCCAUCUGCUGUACACCCAACCCCGCAAGGUGCGUGGCCAGCAUUACGACUUGGUGCUGAAUGGCUGCGAGGUCGGAGGAGGUUCAAUUCGCAUCCACAAUGCCUCUCAGCAGCUGUACGUCCUGGACACAAUUCUCAAGGAGGACCCAUCACUCCUUUCCCAUUUAUUGGAGGCUCUGGACUCCGGGGCCCCUCCGCAUGGUGGAAUCGCAUUAGGGCUGGAUCGACUGGUGUCCAUCAUUGUAGGAGCUCCCAGUAUCAGAGACAUCAUAGCCUUUCCAAAAUCCUUCAGAGGUCACGACCUCAUGAGUCGUGCUCCAGACUUCGUCUCCGAAGAAGACCUGAAGCCGUACCAUAUUUCUGUAGUCUGGCCUAGCGCAGAUAUAGAAGGUCAGCAGGACAACUCAGUGUAAACUCUAAAAUGUGUGUUAAUAUGCAUAUGAUGUUACGUUUGCACGAGGAUGCAAGAUGGUUCGCAAUUUCCAUCGGCACCAUGCAGUCGCCAUCUGUGUCCAUGCCUUGAGAUGGACUUCAGAGCAGAAGCAGCAGGAUCACUUCCUGUCCUGGGAGAAUUGAGCACUAUCUUCUGAGCGAAGGUGAUAUGUGUGUCCCCCUCAUCACAAAACACUUUCUUCUUCUGCUUCAACAGAUCAGUCAUGUACUUUCUCAACAUAUACAUGAUCUGUAGUGUUUUCAACUGUACAUUUUUAAUUACAUUCGUUUCAGUGAAAAACUGGUGAAUUGUGAGCGUAAUUGAAUAUUCCAAUAGGGGGCAGCGUUGUUCCAUUGCAACUGUUUACAUUGCUCCCCCCCACCCCCUUCACCUGCCCUGUGGUGAAGUCAGCAUGCAUCAUAUCCUACAUUUUUUCUCCACCACCAGACAUACCAAAUAAAGCUACAUUUCAGUUUUUCUCAGCGAUGCCUUAUCUGCAAAAGCAGAUGCUCAUUUUUCAUGCCCAGGUACAGCUACUCAUUACAGCCAGUGUUGUUUUAAAGCAGACCUGUGAGUUGGCUGCCAAGCUGUGAACAUAGUUUUGUGUAAGACAUGCUGUUUUUGCUGUUCUUCCAAUGACUUUUCCUUAAGUACCCACUCAUUGCCUAUUUACAUGACUAUGUUUACUUGGAAGUGCCUGCCUGCGUUCAGUAGAUAUUUCCAUUAGUACUCUAGAGACAAUUGCUGUACCAAACCUUGGCUGUGAUAUAGAGCUCUUCAUUAAUUUAAUAGUAUAUACAUGCGACCCACAAAUCAAUUUUCAAAUUCUGGUCUGGGCUUUUAUCCUGUAGCCCUCUUAAAAAGGGAUAGUUCACCCAAACAUAAACAUUCUGUUCCAGACCAGCUUGAUUUUCUUUCUUAUGUGGAACACAAAAUAAGAUAUUUUCAAAAACAUCUCCAUGCCUUUUUUUUUG